AUGCAGACAAAUUUGAUGCCGUGUGCGGCGUAUGGUCUCUGCAUUGACAGGCUGACCCCCCACCCCUUCAACCUCUGCAGCAAUGCUGGCAGCACUUAUACAUCUAUUUCCCAAAGACAACCUCUGUAUAUGACACUGAGCACGUGCACUCAACUUCUUUGGUCGACUAUGGAGAUGCCUGUUCUGAGUGCAAUCAGUCCUAUGAAACUGCUGUAUGGUCUUGCCCACCGUGCCACAGCUCAGUUUCAGUGUCAUGACAACCUUCUUAUAGCCUUGGCCAUCUUUAUGUACAACAACAAUUCUUUUUUUCAGAUCCUCAAAGAGUUCUUUGCCAUGAGGUGCCAUAUUGAACAUCCAGUGACCAGUAUGAGAGAGUGA